AUGAACGGGAACAUCGGGUCCACGACGGCGUCGCCUCACCCGAGCACGGACUGGGGUCCGAUCAUCGUCGCGGUGGUCCUCUUCGUGCUGCUGUCGCCGGGGCUGCUGUUCCAGCUGCCGGCGAGGACCAGGGUGGUGGAGCUCGGCAACAUGGCCACCAGCGCCAUCGCCAUCCUCGUCCACGCCGUCAUCUUCUUCUGCGUCCUCACCCUCGUCGUCGUCGCCAUCGGGGUGCACGUAUACGCUGCCUAG